AUGGACACCAGCCUGUCCGUUAUACUAGGAGUAGCUGUUAUGCUCCGGUUACCUUUUAAGGUGGCUACAGGAAUAAAUCUUUUCUAUGUACUAUCGAGCACAGUGCGGUACUUCGUAGGAUUUUACAAUCAGUCAUACUUCUGUCGUUUUGCGUGUACAAUAUCUCCCCCUCGCCUCCUCUCUCCCUUGGUCGCGACUCCAUGCGCAGAAGGUUUCUCUCUGGAUAGACUUGGACGGUGCAUUCCCGUGGAUUCGGAACUCCAUGAACUGAUGGCUCCUCUCCGAACGCGGCAGGAACUGCUAGCUGUGGCGGCAGCGCAUGCAAUAGGUUCGACCCCGGAGGAAGUAUUAAGCAAGCUGACCCGUCCACGCUACCACCGCCUCAUGGCGGGGGUAGAAAUGGAAGAUGAAUCCGAUGGCUUCAUUAUGUAUUGUGCAGUGAAGCCUAUGAACAUGCCAAAUGCAAUCCCUUAUUAUUUGUGCUCUCCACCUCUGUUCCUAUCGGUUCUCUUCUGCGACGUCGCGGACUUCCACAACCUCGUCUGCGCCUUUUCGUUGCCACAGGACUUAGUGAAGCUCCUGGAUGCGCUUUUUUUAUGCUUCGACAAGCUGAGUGAGCAGUUUCAACUUGUAAAGAUCGAAACUGUCUUCGAGACGUACCUUGCUGCCGCAGGCCUGAAUGAUCCUGUUUUAGCUGAGGACGCAGCUGGACAGAUGGAUGACGAGAGGGACUCUUUCAGCGAACGCGACCUCCUCAAAGUCCAGCAGGGCGCGUUCAGUGCUGUCGAGACUGCAUUGGCAAUGCUCCAGGUGACUAUGUACAUAACAUAUCUAGGGACAACGACGCAUCACACGCAGUAA